AUGCCAGGAAUACAAAACAAAAAUCAUGGAAGUAGUCAAAAUAUUUCGUCAGCUACGUAUCACUACGAUGCUGAUGAAAUAUUAGCAGAAAAAUCAUAUAAAAAUAUUUGUUUUCAACUUGUUAAUACAUGUUCACAACAUUUAGUUGAUGAUGAUAGUGAUGAUCGAUAUUUAAGUGAAAUAUUUUGUCAUUAUAAGUAUAGACGAGCAUUUCUUAUUAUACAAGAAUUAGCUUGUCAAUUAUUGUGCAAAUUAGAAGAAUCAGAUUAUUUUGAUUCUGUUGCCAUUGAAUAUGAUUAUUUAGUUAAUCUUGCAAAUUUAAAUAUUAAAAUUAUUCAUAAUAAAUAUAUUAUUAACAGAAAUUUAUUCUAUAAAAUGUUUUUUACAGUGAAGUACAAAUCAUCAAAAGAACGUGUGUUGGAAUGGCUUCUACGUCAUAUUCAAAAUAUUAGAAAACUUAAAAAUCCGUUCUUUGUAAAAAUUAUUUGUUUAUGGCUGGAUACAUUCAGUCAUUAUGAACUUGAAACCAGUGACGUUAUGAGCACCCAGCAUAUUCAACUGCUGCAUGAUCGAUCAGAAGAAAAGAAAUUGAUGAAAGAUAUUUAUAAUUAUAUUAUUACACAAAUCGAUUAUCUGCUUUUUAAUAAUGAUUCUACGUACUAUCGUGGAUCGUUUCUGUUCAAUUUGGCAGCUAUUGGACGCUUCCGUAACAGAAAACACUUAUGUCUAUGUCGUCGAUUCAUCUCCACUCACACAAAAGACAUUGACAAAUGGUCAUCAUCAUCAGACAUGUUACAUUCUAUUACGGGAACUGUGUGCAUAAUAACGACCAGUAUCAUACACGAGUAUGAUGAAGAAUUUUAUUUGUCACUAUUAAAAAUCAUGAACUAUGAAAAAUUUCAACAACAAUUACGUUUGACAAGAAAAAAUGAUGAAACAAUUUUAAUUGAUGAAAUUAUCAGAUAUUUUGCCGCUAAUCUGAAGAUGUGGCAGUAUGAAAAUUCUAGGUCCAUACUUCGCACAGUUUCACAACAAUCUACUUGUCUAUUUGACAAAAAAAUUCAUGAAAUAACAAAAAUUAAUCUAUGCUAUUUAAUUCUAGAGACAGCAAGCGAAAAAUCUGUUAUAGUUGAUCAGAUGAUUGUAAGAUGCUUUGAAUAUAUUGAAAAUAUGAAAAUGAUCAUUAAAGAUGAAGAACUAGUAGACAAAAAAGUACAGAGAUUAUUAAGAGGAUUAGAAACUGCAUUUCAAUAUCAGUAUGACAUUAGCGAUCUGUCUCAGUAUGACAUUAACGAUCUGGUGCUCAGAUUAAUGAAAGUUGAUCUAUUAGCCCAUUCAAUUAAAGAUCAUCCGUCCUUCGUUUGCAAUGUCCUAUCAAAAUUACCUACUAAACCGAUACAUGUUGUUGAGCUAUCAACAAAUAGUUCAGUAUUUCGGACAAGGAACACAGUAAGUUUUUCUGAUGACAGAUAAAUACUCUCCGACGUAAUACUCUCCUAAAAGAAUCUAGGCUAGGUACACACCGGUGUCUGUUAGAAGAAAACCGAUGUUCGGUUUAAAUCGACACCGAAAAGAUCUAAAACAUUUUGUUUAAGGUUUUAAAAUGAUAUAAGGAGUAAACAUAUAACAUCUAUCUGCUAUUGUCUAAGAAACAUCUGAUUUUAUCCGUACCGAAAUCGGUACAGAUACAAUCUACAUCUCGACUUAACGAACUAACUUAACAUCUGGUAUUUGCCCCUUAGUGGAUGCAGUAUGCCAUAUGUUUCUUCUUCUGAUCAUCUGUGUCACAUCCUGCAAUUUCUCGAGUUACAUAUAGCUGCUGUCCAGACACAAAAUUUCACAAUAAUACUAACGAGGGUACCUCCCAGAUGUCCAACGCCGACUUCAAUGAUCUUUUGCCUAUAGAUAGUAUAUAGUGUCCUAGUAAAAGCUCUAAACGGAUUUGGGUUCUUAUUGCUUCUUUCAAAAGUUAUGCAUUUUUUAAUUUGCCCAUAUAGCGCAUAACAUACAUUAUUAAAAAUUCUAUAACUCAUGAGGGAAGGCUUCCAACUGUCCAGCAGUUUUUGGCCCAAAACUUAGUGGACAAUAGGUAAUCGAGUGUCCUGAUUCCGAAUAUUACAUUGGUUUGAAAAGUUGGUUUGAAAGUUUAAAGAUCCGCUUUUUGAAAUACUGGGUUUUUGGGGUCGAAAAACCAUUUGCAAUAAAAGAAUUUUUUGAUCCGGGAAUAUGAAUGAGCAUAUCGCGAAACUCACGUAAAACAGUUCUUCAAGGUUUUAGAAAAGGUUUUGAGCGGGUUUUGAAAGGCUAAAACUUAAAACUACGCCAAGGAAAACGCGUUUUCGCCCUUAUGCGUUUUGUGCGAUAAAAAUACUGUUUUCUAGAUUAUCGAAUGUGCCAAAUUCGAAUAUUCCAUUGUUUUCGGUCCUUAGAAGAGCUAAAGAUUUGGAAUUAACGGAGACAAUAGUUUGAUACAAAAAUCUUUUACGCGAAUGAAGCAGUUUUUCGGCGUGCCUAGAUCAAAAAACUGAAUUAAAAGACAAUUUGAAUGAAUUACCUUGAAUGAUUUUUCUGGUCUCAAUUUUGUGUCUGGACAGCAGCUAUAUAUAACUCGAGAAAUCGCAAGAUGUGACAAAUCAGAUGUUUCUUUGACAAUAUAGAUAUUAUGUGUUCACUCUUUAUAUCAUUUUAAAACCUUACACAAAAAUGUUUUAGAUUUUUUCGGUGUCCGUCUAAACAGAACAUGGGUUUUUUCGUGUCGGUUUUUCGGUCUGAAAACCGAAGUCGGUGCAGACAUAAUCUGGGCUCAUAUGCCUUUUUUCAAAAGUUAUGAAUUUUCAUCUUCAGAAAUCGUCUUCAGGGUAUUAGAUCAAAUAUUGAAAAAAUAUUAAAUAAUAUUAGCUCAAAUAACGUUGGAAAUAUUAAAAAAAGCUUAGUCAAAUCACUGUGUAUACGAUUGAAAAUGUUUUCUUUAAUAGUUGCACACAUCAGUGAAGCAGUAUUUGCUCGUUAUUGUUAUUUACAGGCAGUUACUGUCAUUACACACAUGAGACUAUGGAUUGUUCAGUUAUUUUCCUGUGUUUAACAGAGAAACAACAAUUUGAAAAGUCUAAUUUUUUUCACAUACACACUUAAAUGCUAUAAGUAGAGGCAAAUUAUAUUCACAGUA